UAGGUUCAUUAAGAGGUGAGCUGUCUUAGGUAUCCGUUUUUGUGCCUAAUAAAUUGACCUAGAACUCUGAAGAUAAAAUCUUCAAUCAAUGUAGAAUUAUUUUGUUUUUUUUCCCGACACAUUAAAAUAACAAGUACGAUGGCUUUUGUAAGUUUUACAUUGAUUAUACCGCUAGAUGAAUUUAUUAACAAAGAGCAAGGGUUAUUUACCCCUAAUUAUUACACGAUUGAUGUUAUUUGUUCUUGGAUUACUUUCAAUGUCCUCUUUCAAAAAAAUAUUAAGACUCUAUAUUGUAUCUUUCGUAAGAUUUUCUUGAUUUACUGGACGCCUACACUUGAAAGCAGAUUAUGCGAAACAUGAAAAAACAAAGUAUCCGGUUGAACAAUGCCACUAGAAAGAACAAACAAAAGGGAACUCAAAAAUCGGGCUCGGUUGGUCUCUUCGGUUUUGAGUUCUCUUUCAAAUUCAAAUAAGCAAGGCUCUAUCUUGUAUCAUUGUUGAGAUUUUCUUCAUUUACUGACCAAACGCAUCCUUUUGGAAACAACAAGAAACAAACCUUUCCACUCGAUAGGAGCAAAAAUGGCGGCUUGCAAUAUUAUCCUAAGCUUUGAAGGCCUCACAUUGAUUUGUUCAUAUGCAAAAGCGAUAUAGACUCAAGAUUAAUGAUUACGAAACCAAAGAGAAGUUCAUCAAUAACAUUUUGUAUUAUCGUUUAAUAUCAACACAUUCGAGUUUUCAACUUUAUUUAAAGUUUUUUUCACUCUUUCACAAGACAUGGAGAACUGAUCACAUUAGUUUUUGAUAGAAUAGACAAUGCUCUACAGGAUGGCAGUAGUAGUUAUUCAAAAAAUCUUAUUUGGGAAUUAUUACAUCGGCUUGGCCGAACGUGACGGAAUGAUAUUUUUUCCUAUCUUGCGAUCUCUGUCUUCCAAACCACGCAAUAGAUUAGGCUGAAAAUUUUCAAAUGUAAGUCUGCUAGUUCUCUCAGCUCUGAAAGUUUCAAUUUGAUUCGUCGCAUUGAUCAAAAGUUAUAGCGAAAAUAGAGGUCGUGACGAAAUGACGAAAAAAUGGAAACUUUUUUCCAGGGUUUCCCAAACUUCCUCAGAAUUAACACACUUCUCCGAGAAAGUUUUAGUAGGAAAGUUGUAGAGAACUUUUUGGAUUUUCAGAAUUUCUAUUUCCUUUUCCUUUUCGACCAUAGAUGUGGAGAAAAAUGUUGCCGUGACGAAAUCCCAUUUCAUGAUCGAAUUUCAUCUGUUUUCCUGCUUCCAAUUCAGAAGGUUUCAUCUUCUUUUUUGUCGAUAGUUAAAACUUACAGUGGAUCAUCAUUCAGGUGUCCUCUACACGAUGCACUGAAAGAAAAGAUCAAAGUGUUUUGUUAAAGCUUCGAAAACUCUCGUAGAAAAAGAACUCUCAAAACAUUUUGUCAGAAAUUAGCGAAAAGUGGUGAAAACUAAAGUUAUUUAGAAAACACCUUAGCCGACAUUCGAACUUCAAACACAAUAGUGCAUUUUGUAGAGGAUUUAAUUCUCUAUCUGGUAGCAUAAUUGUCGAAAUUUUCGAACGAAAUUGAAAUUAAAAAAUUUAGAAAAGUUAAAUUUGAAUGUUUUAAUUCUACAUCAAAUUUUCGUUAAAAAUAAAGUUGAUAUCCCCAAUCAGCAUAAGAAACUGCAUCUGGUGAUAUCUAUUAAAUCCUAGUUUGAGAGAAAACUUUCCGUCAACCGUCUGAUUCGGAGAUCAUCGUUAGCCGGCCAAGUCGACAUGUGUUUUUUCUCAGCUAAUCAGUACGUUUCCACAUCAAAAAUCGGCAGGUGUACUUGAACUUGAAUUGAUAUGUCGAAGAGUGAAGGCGAUGAACUUUUUCCUAUUAUUUAGAAUUUAAGAAUACACUUUCCUUAAGUCAACAGACAUCGAGAGCGAACAUUUUUCUACAAAAGGAGGGCUCGAACAGAUCUCUGCGACCUUUAAGUUUUGCCAGAUGAAAGAGAACACUUGCCUAUAUAUACGUGAAGUUUUCACGAUGAAGUGGUAAGCUUUCGCCGAGUUAUGAAUUAAUUAAGUUUGAAUUUGCAUUGGACUUUUAAUUAUAAGAGCCUAUUUGUAAUAAGAGCUGUAUUUGGUUUUUCCAAAAAUUGUUCUUCUGGAAUAAUUUGAACCCGUUUUUGUAUUCGUACGAGAUUUCUAGAAGCCUAUCUUAGCUUGUUUAUACAGGUAAUACAGAAAAUGUACAAGGAAUGUGUUUAUUCCUUUUCUCAGAUUUGACACAAAUGUACAACUCCUGAGCAAAUGAGCUGUUUUUUGACUCAACAGACAUCUAGAGCAAGCAUCCCUCUACAAUAUGUGGGAUCGAAUAGCAGUCUGCGAUCUUUCAGUGUUGUUUUAAGGUUACUUUAAUGCAAAAGUUGAGAACUCGAAUGUGUUGAUAAUAAGAGUUGGAGACCCAUAGAAACAACUGAAUAAAAAUCUUAUGAAAAUCACUGAUUCAAAAAUAUUUUCAUUCCAUGUUGAAAGACGGCGCGUAGGCUAUUCAAAUAUGUAUAAAAUGAAAAAGAGUCAUUUUUCUAAAAUAUUCUGAGCAAUGAAACCCUUAAAACAAAAUGAUUCUACAUUCAUUGAACAGUUUAUUUUUAAAAUUCUAGGUGACGUGUUAAGCGUAAAAAGAUAUUCAAAACAGCUGACCUCAUAAUGCUGAUAAAGAUUUAUUUCUAGGGAGAUAAAGGCUACUGUUACAUACCUUACUCGUACAUGUGCAAUCCUAAACGGUGUUCUCAAGCUUAUGCUGUAAGAGCAAUGGGAACAGAUCCCAAGGAAGAGGAGGAACACAUAAAAUCUACAUGGGAUUGGGUGGAUGAUGUCGAUUAUAGUUGGAGUCAUCGUCAUCCUGAAACAUCUCACGGAGACUAUGACAGCGUUAAUGAUGAUUGCAUUGUGGUGGAGUUUAGACAACCCUACGAUUUUUGGAACCAUCCUCAACCUUACAGAGAUGUUAUUUUUGGUGAUGCUACUGCAGAAGAUUAUCGGCGGAAAAAUUACGACGCCCACAAUACUCAAGGUCGAUUUGAUAUGAACAAUAUAGAAGGAGGAAUGUAUGGUGUGAUUAGGAAUUUUAAUAACAGCAACAUGCAAAGAGGAAUACCCGUUAUGGAUAGCAAUUUUAAUAACAGCAACAUGCAAAGAGCGAUGCCCGUUAUGGGUAGCAAUUUUUUCUGCUUCCGCAUAUAA